GUUAUUUCUGCAAACCAUCUCGAAUAACUCAAAUUUAUUGCACCAUGGGGUUUGGCAUGUAUUCUCUUAUUGAAGCGGUAGUUUUGACUUUGAAUGCUGUCUGUGUUCUUCAUGAAGAAAGAUUUCUUGCUAAGUUACCUGGUUGGGAAAGUGCCCCUGCUGUGCCUGGUUAUGGAGAAGAAGCAACUGUCAAAGCACAACUUUUCCAUCUCAUCCGUUCCAUACGCACAGUCAUGAAAUAUCCGCUGGUGCCAAUGAACAUCUUCAUUAUCAUCUUCAAGCUGCUGUUUGGUUAAAUUUUGUAUACAUGCGUUUUGAUGGUUUAUAUUUAAAUGAUUUUUAUUUUUAUAGCAAAUGAUUGAUGUGCAAGACAUAAAGAAAAUGUUUAAAAACUUGUGAAUUUAUCAGAUUGCUUCACAUUUGUUAUUAAUUUUGUCAAGUUCAUAUUUUUUCCUGUUAAAUGCAAAUAUAUCCAAGUUCAUUUGAGAUGCCUGAAUUAUCUCGUAAAACCUUUUAAAAUAAAGUAUAAUUGCCGCUCA